UCACUUACACUACCUUGGUACAUGGCUUAUCCUGCAUAGGCGAAUGGAAACAAGCAAAGGCCUUGUUAGAGAAAAUGAUUGAUGAUGGAAUCCACCCAAAUGUUUUCACUUAUAAUUCCUUCUUCCUUGGUCUUUGCCGUUGUGGCCAGUGGGAAGAGGCUCGAGUCCUGUUGAGCGAGAUGUUGCGGGGAGGAACAAAGCCAGAUAAUCGAACCUUCAGUAUUGUCUUGGAUGCACUCUGCAAACAGGGCAUGACUGAUGAGGCGAGGUGCAUAUUUGAUUCGCUGAUUGAGAUGGAUAUUGAGCUGAAUGUAGUUACUUAUAGCUCAUUGAUCAAUGGCUACUGCCUUCAAAAUCGAAUGGAUGAUGCUGCGACUAUAUUUUGUUUGAUGACUGCAAGGAAAUGCGACCCUGAUGUCGUCACCUAUAGCACAUUGAUUAAUGGGUAUUUUGGGGUUAAAAGAGUCGAUAAGGCAAUGAAUCUCCUUCGGGAAAUGUUGGAGAAGGGAUUAGUCCCUGACGUUGCCACCUAUCAUUGUCUCAUGGAUGGUUUUUUCCUUGCUGGAAACCCCAGGGUUGCACAUCAGCUGUUUUACAAAAUGUUGGCUUGCAAUCAUAUAAAUCGACGAACUUAUGCCAUCAUGUUAGAAGGCCUUUGCAAAUAUCAGCAAGUCGACAAGGCAAUGGCAUUCUUUCAACAAAUGAAAAAUGGCAUGGGCAAUGUUAAUAUCAUCCACUGCAACAUCCUUAUUAAUGGCUUGUGUGAGGCGGGGGAACUUGAACCUGCAAGGAACCUUUUCAAUUCAUUGGAUGCCAAAGGGUUGCGACCUGAUAUCGUGACAUUUAUUGCAAUGAUAAAAGGACUUUGUAAAGCUGGCCAAAUACGUGAAGCUUGCGAGCUACUUGAUAAUAUGAACGAGAAGGGAUGCUCUCCUAAUGAUUUAGUGUAUACUAUUAUUGUACUAGCACUGCUUGAAGAUGGUCAGAAAGCGAGGGCAAUGCUUACCCUAGGGGAGAUGAUUGAGAAAGGCUUCUCACCAAAUGCUGCAUCCACAGCUAAAAUGUUGAAAAUCAUGCGAAGAAUGGUGAAUCCCUCUGCUCUUCCUCCUCUUCUUCGAUCACCAUCUGGUAUUCUCACUCACUCUCCUCCUGUCUUUGCAUCGGCUCUUCUUCUUCUUCUUCUUCCUCGCAAUGUCGAUUCUUCUCUCUCCCGUCACUUUCGUGCUUCACCCUCCACUUCUGGACUGAGCGAUUCCACGAAUCGCUCCCAAGUUUUGGAAUAUGUGAUGAAACUAUGCAAAAAUGGCGGAUUGGCAAAAGCCGACGAUGCUUUGCAUUAUUUCAAGGUCAUGAUUCGGCUGAACCCUUUGCCUUCACCUCCCUGUUUCGUCCAACUCUUGGGAGCUGCAGCGAGGAUGAAGCAUUAUGCUGCCACCAUCCACAUGAUCGAGCGAAUGGAUUCCAUGGGGAUAUCUCGCAACGCUUACGUUCUCAACAUUCUGAUAAAUUGCCUCUGCCAUUUGAAAAGGUCUGAUCUUGGAUUUUCAGUUUUGACCAAAAUGUUCAAGCUUGGGCUUGAACCGGAUGUGGUGACAUUGACCACUUUGCUCAACGGGCUCUGUGAAGAGGACAAAACCUCGCAAGCCUUGACCUUGGUGGAAGAAAUGCAGGGCAAAGAAUUUAUGGCCAACGUAUUUACGUAUUGCGUCAUCGUGAAGGGAUUGUGCGGAUCUGGUAAUACUUCGAAAGCUGUCUGGUUAGUAAGGAAUUUGGAAGAAAGGGGUUGCGAGCUAAAUGUGGUCACGUACAACACGAUCAUCAAUGGUUAUUGCAAGGAAGGACUGAUGGUGGAGGCAUUUGGCUUCUUUGACUGUAUGAUUCACCAGGGAAUUCAGCCAGAUAUCUUCGCUUACACUACCUUGGUACAUGGCUUAUCCUGCAUAGGCGAAUGGAAACAAGCAAAGGCCUUGUUAGAGAAAAUGAUUGAUGAUGGAAUCCACCCAAAUGUUUUCACUUAUAAUUCCUUCUUCCUUGGUCUGUGCCGUUGUAGCCAGUGGGAAGAGGCUCGAGUCUUGUUGAGCGAGAUGUUGCGGGGAGGAACAAAGCCAAAUAAUCAAACCUGCAAUAUUAUCUUGGAUGCACUCUGCAAACAGGGCAUGACUGAUGAGGCGAGGUGCAUAUUUGAUUCGCUGAUCGAGAUGGAUAUUGAGCUGAAUGUAGUUACUUAUAACUCAUUGAUCAAUGGCUACUGCCUUCAAAAUCGAAUGGAUGAUGCUGCAACUAUAUUUUGUUUGAUGACUGCAAGGAAAUGCAAUCCUAAUGUCGUCACCUAUAACACAUUGAUUAAUGGGUAUUUUGGGGUUAAAAGAGUCGAUAAGGCAAUGAAUCUCCUUCGGGAAAUGUUGGAGAAGGGAUUAGUUCCUGACGUUGCCACCUAUCAUUGUCUCAUGGAUGGUUUUUUCCUUGCUGGAAACCCCAGGGUUGCACAUCGGCUGUUUUACAAAAUGCUGGCUUGCAAUCAUAUAAAUCAACAAACUUAUGCCAUCAUGUUAGAAGGCCUUUGCAAAUAUCAGCAAGUCGACAAGGCAAUGGCAUUCUUUCAACAAAUGAAAAAUGGCAUGGGCAAUGUUAAUAUCAUCCACUGCAACAUCCUUAUUAAUGGCUUGUGUGAGGCAGGGGAACUUGAACCUGCAAGGAACCUUUUCAAUUCAUUGGAUGCCAAAGGGUUGCGACCUGAUAUCGUGACAUUUAUUGCAAUGAUAAAAGGACUUUGUAAAGCUGGCCAAAUACGUGAAGGUUGCGAGCUACUUGAUAAUAUGAACGAGAAGGGAUGCUCUCCUAAUGAUUUAGUGUAUACUAUUAUUGUACUAGCACUGCUUGAAGAUGGUCAGAAAGCGAGGGCAAUGCUUACCCUAGGGGAGAUGAUUGGGAAAGGCUUCUCACCAAAUGCCGCAUCCACAGCCAAAAUGUUGAGCGCGUCAGCUAACAAUGCAUCAUAA